AUGAACAGCGGUGGGCAGGCUGGGGUUUUGGGACCCGCGGAUGAGAUGGAGGAGGGGGAAGUGAGGAGCGAGGACGGGGAGGAGAAAGAAGGAGAGGAGGGGGGAUUCGAGAUGGAGGGAGAAGAGAGAGGAGCAGAGAUAGUGGGGCAGAAGGAUGGGGGUGAAGAGGUGGAGGACGCGGGGUACGAAGAGGAUGACGAUGUGAUCGAGGUGGGUCCUAUUGCGGUAGACACUCAGCCGUUAAAGCAGCAGCAGGACGAGCAGAUGGAGCAGCAGAUGCCACAGAACGUGCAGGUGCUGGAGCAAAGGCCCGGCAGCAGAGAGAAGCACAAGGGUCUAGGAGGACCAGGAGGAGGAGGAGGCACCACCCACCCGAGUGCACGGCGCUCCUUGGCUGCCGCAUUUGCAGGUGCAGAGGGCACUGAAGUGGCAGACGGAAGAAAGCAGGCUGCCUUAGAGAGGGGGGCAGCUGACACGGGUCUGCAGUGCAGCCCUCUUGCUGUGUCCGAUAAGGAGCCUCGAGCUUGCUUGGUACCCGCUACAGUGUACCUCGUUAUAGACAACCUGGAGCAGCUCAAAGCAUUCCCUGCAGGGGAAGGCCCGCAGCUGCUGGAAACUUUCCUCCGCCUGCCCGAACUCUGGGGUGGAGGCUGGGGAGGAGGAUGGGGAGGAGGGGGAGGAGGGGGAGGAGGGGGAGGUGCAGCAGCGGCGGCAGCGGCGAUGGCAGUGGCGGCAUGUGAGCCGGUGACAGUGUUCUUCCCACCGUACAGUGACAAGGAGCUGGAGACUGUUCUAGUGGGGAUGCGGCCCAACCAGCCGCUCUUCCUCUCCUUCCUCAGGCAGGUGGUUCCAGUGUAUUCCCGCGCCUGCCGCUCCCUACCGCACCUCGCCUCGCUCGUGGACCACUCCUGGCCGCUCUACACCGCUCCCAUUGCCACAGGAUCUGUGUCCCCCGACCAUCCCAGCUGUGCGCGCCUGCUGUACAUGCGAGCACAGGAGCACAUAGGAGCCACACUCAAGCAGCCCGUUUCAAUCCUCGUGCGCUCCUCAGUCAUGGAUACUCCUGCUGUUGCUGCUACUGCUGGAGCUCCAAUGGACGUUCCAGAUCUUCCCAUCAUGACUCGAUUCGCCCUUGUAGCAGCAUUCACCUGCUCCCGCAACCCAGCACCAUCCGAUGUGACCCUCUUUAACUUCUCAGACACUAUGCAGCCCGGUGGAAACGGGUUUCGGUCCAGGAGGAAGAGGAAGGCAAGUGCAGGGGAUCUGGACAAGCAGACGAGAGAGGCCAGGGAUGCUCAACAGCAGGGCCCCAUUCCAUUCCCUCUUUCCCGCUGGUUGCUCAUGGCUCACCACUUGGUGAAAGCUCAUUGGUCCUCUCCUCUCGCCUUGGUUUCUAGUGGUGCUGCUGCUGAGUCAGCUCCUGCUGUAGAUGACAGCCUGCUGACUCAGCUUGCAACCCUCAUUCGCGGUGGGCUGGUGAGCCAGUCAGGGGAAGACAGGCUGGCAAGCACAACACGCUUCAAGUGCAGUGCGAGAAAGGAACUGGUGAAGCAGGUCUCCCGAGCCUUCUCCCCUCGCCCUCCACACUACCAUUCCGCCGCCACCCGUCCUCCCCGAGCCUCUUGGCCUGGGGACCGAUCCUCAGGUUCGGGGUCUCCCAUAGCUGUCGCGGCUUCGUGCCCUGACUCCCUCUCGGCGUGGCUCCUCAGGAGAGGUCUAAGCACGGACCGGGACGGCGGGGAGCGUGGCGACACAGGGCUCGGCGACAUGGCCGCGGGCAUGGGCUUGGGACGUGAAGGUCCUUCCGCGCAGGCGCUGAUGCCGCCGGGUCCGCGGGACGACCUCCGCGCGGGCGCGGAGGCGGAGGAAGGCGCGGAGGCGGAAGGCGCGGAGGCGGCGGAGGACGACCAUUUACCAGAGGACGAUCAGGAGGCGGUGUUAGACUCGGUGGUGAAGGUGUUCGCCGUGGGGAGCAGCCCCAACUACCGCCUGCCCUGGCAGAACAAAGCCCAGCGCGAGGUCACAGGCUCAGGGUUCGUGAUUAUGGGCCGUCGGAUCCUCACCAGCGCGCACAUCGUGGCGGAUCAGGCGUUCGUGCUGGUGAGGAAACACGGCUCGCCCAAGAAGUACCUCGCUCAGGUGCGCCGUCCAGGAAGUGCGGGAGGGUGCGUGCGUGGUGGGAAGUGCGGGAGGGUGCGUGCGUGGUGGGAAGUGCGGGAGGGUGUGUGCGUGGUGGGAAGUGCGUGUAUGUGUGCAGGAGGGGACGUGAGGGAGGCAGGUGCAAGCAGUUUCGCACGAGUGCGACCUGGCGCAUCCCCCUCCUCUCCCUUUGAAAUCCCCCCUGCUUCCGCACUUCCCCCCCUCUCCCCCUCCCCCUCUUUCCCCCACCAGGUGCAAGCAGUGGCGCACGAGUGCGACCUGGCGCUGCUGACAGUGGGGGAGCCAGGCGCAGGGGGAGGGGGAGGCAUGGGGGGAGGCAUGGGGGGAAGGGGAGGGCACCACGAGCACGAGCACGAUCACGACCACGGAUUUGGGGACGAUAAGGGCGGCGCAGGGGCAGGGGGACGCGGCGGAGGGGGCGCCAUGGGGGAUUUCGGGGGCGGGGGGAUGGGGAGAGGGGGCGGAGGCGGGCUGGGAAGCCGGAUGGGAGGGGGGAAGGGGAUGGGGGGGGACAUGGGGAUGGGGAUGGGGGGAAGGGGGGAGGUGGGGAGAGGGGGGGGAGCAGGGGGCAAUGAGGAGUUUUGGGCGGGGCUGAACCCGCUGCCCCUGGGGGAUGUGCCUCAGCUGCAGGAGUCUGUCGCUGUAGUGGGGUACCCUCAAGGUGAGAGACUUAGACGUGAUGAAAAAAUUCACGUCUUUCAUGUGGCUAUUCAUGUUUCGGGCGGGGCUGAACCCGCUGCCUCUGGGGGGAGUGCCUCAGCUGCAGGAGUGGUGUCUCGAGUCGAGCCCACCAAGUACGCCCACAGCGGGGCACACCUGCUGGCCAUCCAGAUCGCCACUGUGCUCGCCUCACCUCUCCCUUCCCACCCACCAACCUUGCCAGGCGGCGACAACAUCAGCAUAAGCAUGGGAGUGGUGUCUCGAGUCGAGCCCACCAAGUACGCGCACAGUGGAGCCCACCUGCUGGCCAUCCAGAUCGAUGCAGCUAUCAACCCCGGCAACAGCGGCUCCCUUCUCACUCUAUUGCGUCCUUCCCUUUCUCCACACGCAUCCCCACCCUUUAGGCGGAGAGGAGACAACAUCAGCAUAAGCAUGGGCGUGGUGUCACGGGUAGAGCCCACCAAGUACGCACACAGCGGAGCCCACCUGCUGGCCAUCCAUCUCAACUCUGUACUCACCUCACCUCUCCCUGCCCAUCCUGAUUCAUUCCCUCUAAUCAACAAUGCCAGGCGGCGACAACAUCAACAUCAGCAUGGGAGUAGUAUCACGGGUCGAGCCCACCAAGUAUGCACACAGCGGGGCACACCUGCUGGCCAUUCAGAUCGACGCAGCCAUCAACCCUCCCUUCUCCACCUGAUUCGCACCCACCCACCAACCCCCCCAGGAGGCGACAACAUCAGCAUCAGCAUGGGGGUAGUCUCACGAGUCGAGCCCACCAAGUACGCGCACAGCGGGGCGCACCUGCUGGCCAUUCAGAUUGACGCAGCCAUCAACCCCGGCAACAGCGGGGGGAUGGAGCGGCGAUCAGUGUUGGAGGAGGAGAGCGAUUCACCCCGCAUAAAGGGUCUGGGCUGGGGGGACGAGGGCGGGGAUGGGAUGCUGGGGCUAGGGGGCGAAGAUGGGCGGGAGGAGCGGGAGGGGGAGGAGGGGGAGGAGGACUUGGGGGUGGGAGGAGGGUGGGCGGAGAUAGAGGCGGAGCGGGCAGCAGAGGAGGCGGCAGCGCGGGCGGCGCCGGUGGCGAUGAGGGUAGAGUACCGUGUGGUGGGGGUGGCGUUUCAGAACCUCACUGGCGUGGAGAACAUCGGCUACAUAGUACCCACGCCCAUCAUCCACCGCUUCCUGCACGAUGCAGCGCUGCACCACCGCCGCUUCCACGGCUUCUCCUCCCUGGGCGUGGCGUGCCAGCCGCUCGACAACUGGCAGUUGCGCGCACACCUGCGCCUGCCCCCCUCCGCCACGGGCGUGCUCGUGAAUGCGGUGCAGCCUCUCAGUGAGAGCAGCCGGUGGAUUAAAAAGGACGAUGUGCUGACUGCGUUUGACUGCGUGCCUAUAGCCGAUGAUGGUUCCGUGCUGUUCCGCAAGAGGGAGCGACUGCCGUUUGACUAUCUCGUAUCGCUCAAGGGCAGUGGGGAGAGGGCGAUGGUGUCGGUGUACCGAGGGGGGCAGCUCAUUCACUUCGAUCUGACCGUCAACCCGCUCCCCCCGUUGGUCCCAGCGCAGCAGUUUGACAGCGCGCCAAGCUACUUCAUAUUCGCAGGGCUGGUUUUCAUGCCGCUCUCCCAGCCCUACCUGCAUGAAUACGGCCCUGACUGGCUGCACUCCUCACCCCGCCGCCUCUGCGACCUCGCCCUCCGCAACCUGCCCGAGAAACCCGGGCAGCAGAUCAUCAUUCUCUCUCGGGUGCUACCAGACGAGGUCAACAGUGGCUAUGAGCGUCUAGCAGACCUGCAGGUGCUCCAGGUGAAUGGGGAGGAGGUGGACAACAUUCGAGUGUAUUUUAAGUCGACUCAACCCACCUCUCCUGCAACACCCCACCCACCCCCCUCCCUUCUUUCCCUCGUGCACUCCCAGGUGCUCAAGGUGAAUGGGGAGGAGGUGCACAACAUUCGCCAGCUCAAAGACGCUGUGCUGGAAACAUCUGGACCAUUCGUUCGCUUCGAUCUGGAGGAUGGACGAAUCAUAGCCAUUGACAUGGCAGCUGCCAGGAAGGUGAGCAGCUGUUGA